GAAGAAGCGUUUGGAGGAUUUGGAACGGUUGCUGAGCAGAAAAGAAUACAGAGCCCUUCAACAGUGUCUUCAGUGGGCCCACCCUUACCAGAAAAGAAACCCAGAGGCCGUCCCCCACGGGCCCUGACUGCCCAGAAAGCUGCUGCAAGUCUACCAUCUCCAUCCUCUCUUCCCUCCCCCACACAGGCGAAACCUGAGGGCCCUGAAAGGCCAGCCGAGAAGGUGAAAAGACUGCCUGGGAGGCCACCUGGCACCGGGGAGAAAAGAAGAGGUCGACCCCCAUCUUCAAGUAGCAAGAAAGCUUGGAGUACAGGCAGCCAUGCUGCAGGGGAGGACAGUAGACAUGUUGGGUCUGAGCUGGGCAUUGACACAGAGGAGGACAAGGACAGAAAGGGCGCCAAGAGGACGCCACUGGGCUCUGCUCAGCCACAUGACACUGAGGCAAAGCUUCCCAAAGGUGGGCGAGGUGAAUCCAAAGUUACCAGCCUGAAGAGGCUGAGAGCGACUAAACUCGCCCCUCUCAAGUCACGGCUCAAGACUUUGCCUGGUGUUCCCCGACGCAGACGUGGGCGACCGCCCUCAGCCGAGCGACUUAAAGCUGAGGCAGCGGCGGCCGCUGCUGCUGCUGCUGCUGCACAGCUGUCUACCUCCAUUGAAUGUGGGGAUGGGAAAAAUAAGGCCUUUAGGGUCAGAGGGGGGGAUAGAGGCACAGAACCACACACUCCGCAGCAGCCUAUGCUGAGGAAUAUGGAUGGUGCUGAGGACCAGGACUCUUCCAAUCCACCUGCCUCCCCGUCUCCCUCCAAGCCAGGCAAGACAGUGGGCCUCAGAAAAAGCCCUCGCCAUAGAAAGCCUGUCAGAAUUGUCCCCUCUUCUAAACGCACUGAUGCAACCAUAGCCAAACAGCUGCUGCAGCGUGCUAAGAAAGGAGCACAGAAGCGGCUGGAGAAAGAAGCUGUAGCCAUCGGGGGCAGUGGGGCAGGAACCAUUGAAGCUGGCAUCAGGAAGACCCAACUGAAGAAUAUCAGGCAGUUCAUCAUGCCUGUGGUCAGCACUGUCUCCCUUCGCAUCAUUAAAACCCCCAAGCGCUUCAUUGAAGAUGAGGGCAGCUUUGGAACCCCACCACCACAUAUGAAGAUGGCGCGGUUAGAAACAACCCCCUCAUCUGUCUCCACAUCUGCCCAACCCACCUCCACCACCUCCUCUUGCCCCUCUCCCGUACUGGUCUCCUCUACACCUGCUGUUACCAGCACUGGCAACACUGCUCCGAUAGACUCCCUUCCCCCUCCUCCACCUCCUGCCCCUACCCCCAGCGUGACAUCAACAGCUGCCAGCCUGCUCAACAGCAACACCAACAGCGCCGCCAACGGGCGAUUUAGCAGCAGUGCGGCAUCUUGCGGCUCAAGUGCUAUGUCGCAGCUCUCCUCUGCAGAGUCUUCCAGGUCCAGCAGCCCUAGCUUGGAUGACUCAUCAUGCGACUCCCAGGCUUCUGAGGCCACACAGGCUUUGUCAGAGCCAGAGGAUCACUCUCCGUCCUCGCAAGGAGAGAGGGAGGCCAACCUGUUACACAGCUCACGGCCUCCCUCUCCACCCUCUGAGCCAGAGCCAGAGCACGUGUUGGCAGAGAGGAAUCGACGAGGCCGGAGAGGACAGGGGGUCGGCCGGGGAAGCCAGAGGGUGAGAGAGACUCUAACCACUGGGGGUAAAAAGCCUAUCAUCAGCCCGCCAACGGGAGUGCUGAUGUCCUCCUCUACACUUGUGAAUUCCCAACAAGCUUCAUCCACAGCCUCUUCCUCUUCGUCACCUCCACCUCCCCCUCUUCUAACCCCUCCACAGGCUCCCCAGUCUGCUUCCUCCAAUACAGCUGCUAUCAGUGAACACCACCCACAGUCGUCCUGGAUGUCUCACCCCAUCCCUCCAUUCCUGUCUGGACCAUCAGUGCUGUCCAGCUUGUCAGACAAACGAAGCCGCUCAAUUUUGAGAGAGCCCACCUUCCGCUGGACGUCCCUGUCCCACCCUGAACAGCAGUACUUUUCUUCAGCUAAAUAUGCCAAGGAAGGCCUCAUCCGCAAGCCCAUAUUUGACAACUUCCGUCCUCCCCCUCUCACAGCUGAAGACGUGGGGCUGUUGCCCCAAGGUCUUAGUGGAGCAGGGGGAGCUGCUCCAGUUGCUUUCCCAGCACCAGGCAGCGGAUCGGGAAAAGGGACUCGUCUGUUUGCCCCUCUUCACACGCACACACACCACCAACAUCCCUCUUCAUCCCGCUUUGAUGCACCACUCCAGAAGCGCAGCCCGUUGCUUCGUGCUCCGCGCUUUACACCCAGCGAGGCCCACUCUCGGAUUUUUGAGUCUGUUACCCUGCAGUCAUCUUCUGGAAGCAGCCCUGGCUCUCUCUCCCCGCACCAGAGGUCCUCUAGCUCCAGCAGAACCUCACGGCGCAGGAGACGGGUGGUCUCGGGAAUACCGCGUGGCCAUCCACGGUCUCCUUCCCAUUCAAUGACCAGACGCAGCAGCCAAAUGGGAGGCCAGAUAUCUGUGGGGAAAGGCUCCUCUGAGAUGUCUGUUCUGACAGGCUCUGUCUCCAGUAGUAACCCCAGCUCUUUGCCAGGGGUUUCUGCAAGUCCACUAGCCACUAGUGCCUUAAUUUCUCCUCCUUUCAGCACCUUCACCACCGUAUCCCUGGGUCUGGCCUCACAAGGGACACCUGAUACCAGAAGAGGGGCAGCUGGAAACCCACCUCCUUUGUCGACUACAUCAUCCUCUUCUUCCCCACUUUUCCCUCUCUUUCCUUCCAGUGCCCAGGACACGGGGCGAGGAGCUGGGAAAGGAGGUAAAGAAAAAAGCUUGUCAGCUCCCCAGGAACCUGCUCCAAAGGAAAAAGAAAGGGAUUCUGAGAAAAACAGAGAGAAAGAGAAGGAGAAUAAGAGGGAAGGGAGGAAGGAUUUGGAGAAAAGAAGUAAGGUUUCUACGCCAGAUGGCUCCCCCAAUGCACCUUCCAGCCUGUUUACAGUUGAUGGGAGGGACUCAGAAGAUGCUCUUUCAUCUAUUGCUCCCAAAAAGGCUCCAGGGAGAAAAAAAUCAACAUCAGUUGACAUAGUUUCUGACACUGCUUCCCCAGAGGUGCGUGGGGUCCAUUCCACUGUUCCCAUGUCCAUUGCUAAAGGGCGUAUAUCUAAGAAAGGCAGACCCCCUGAGAAAGGAGCAGAGAUUGAGGAUGGGGAAAAGGAGAAAGAGAAACAAAGUGCUCCCAGCCAGCAGAUAGCAAGCCUUCCAGGGCAGCCAGGCAGAGAACAGCUCGCUGUCUCCUCUAUUGUCUCAGAGACUGACAAGCGGGUUGUUGGACUACUGAAGAAGGCCAAAGCUCAGCUCUUCGAGAUCAAGAAGAGUAAGCUGAAGCCCGCAGACCAGACCAAGGUCCAGGGUCAAGAGAGUGACUCGUCAGAGGCUUCAGUCCGUGGUCCACGCAUCAAGCAUGUAUGUCGUCGUGCAGCUGUGGCUCUUGGUCGUAAUCGGGCCGUGUUCCCUGACGACAUGCCCACACUUAGUGCCUUGCCCUGGGAGGAGAGAGAGAAGAUCCUAUCUUCCAUGGGGAACGAUGAUAAGUCAUCAGUAGCAGGCUCCGAGGAGGCAGAGCCUCAGUCCCCUCCCAUAAAGCCAAGGGAGACGCGGCAAAAGGCCGUACAAGAAGCUCCCCCCAAGAAGGGACGUCGGUCACGACGCUGUGGCCAAUGCUCAGGCUGCCAAGUUCCAGAAGAUUGUGGUGUCUGUACCAACUGUCUCGACAAGCCUAAAUUUGGAGGACGAAACAUUAAGAAGCAGUGCUGCAAGAUGAGGAAGUGUCAGAACUUGCAGUGGAUGCCUUCCAAGAUGAUUCCUCAGAAGCAAGCCAAAGGCAAGAAAGACAAGAAAAAGAACAAGUUGGCUGAGAAAAAGGAGGGUCUCAAUCCGGUAAAAGGACCUGUCUCAGAGUCGGGCCCUAAACCCGCUCUUGCACUACCAAAAGAGGAACCUCCCCGAAAAAAGAGUGAAACUCCUCCGCUGAAGGUGGGAGAGGAGAAGUCAAGACAGCAGCCGACGUCAAAGCAAUCAUCUCCAGCCCUCGCAUCUUCCCCCGCCCCCGUCGAACCCCCUCAGUCAGUCACAGCCCAGGGUCAGUCUCCAGCACUGACGCCGGACACCAAACAGCUCUCCGUCAUGAGCAGUGUCACCAGUAAGAAAGGACACAAACCACAGCUGUCUGUACCAACAUCCUCCUCCUCAUCGUCAUCCUCCUCUUCCACUUCAUCAUCUUCUUCAUCCUCAUCAUCUUCCUCCCCGUCAUCUUCAGCCCAGAAUUCCCCCUCCCAGUCUUCGCAAUCUCAUCACCAACCAUCGCAGCAGCAGCAGCAGCAGCAACGGCCUCUUACCAGUCAGACACCCUCAAAAAAAGAUGCUUCACCCAAGAUUCCUCUGAGCGAGCCCAAGAAGAAGCCCCAGCAGCACUCAUCGCAACAGCAGAGCAUAACUACAACUGUUUCAGAAACAGCUGAAUCAAAACCGUUGAAGAAACCAACUUCUCGCUCUGUUCCUCCAUCUCCUAAACAGAGACCAAAAGACAAGCCGCUGACCGCUAAACCCCCCAGCAGCAGUACUUUAAACUGGCUGAGCACUCCCUCGACUAGGGGCCAGACGAAGUCCAGAGCUCCCUGCGACGGAGUGCAUCGUAUCAGAGUGGAUUUCAAGAGGGACCAUGAUGUUGAGAAGGUGUGGGAGGCUGGUGGCCUCAGCCUGCUCACCUCUGUGCCUGUCACACCCAGGGUGCUCUGCUUCUUGUGUGCAAGCAGCGGAAACGUUGAGUUUGUCUUCUGCCAGGUAUGCUGUGAACCGUUCCAUCUCUUUUGCCUGGGGGAAUCAGAGCGCCCUCUCCAGGAGCAGUUUGAGAACUGGUGUUGUCGACGAUGCAGAUUCUGCCAGGCCUGUGGACACCAGCACCAGAAAACUAAACAGCAGCUGCUAGAGUGCGAUAAGUGCCGUAACAGCUAUCACCCGGAGUGCCUGGGUCCCAACCACCCUACCAGACCCACCAAGAAGAAGAGAGUCUGGGUUUGCACCAAGUGUGUGCGCUGUAAGAGUUGUGGAGCCACUAAACCCGGGAAGUCCUGGGAUGCCCAGUGGUCACAUGACUUCUCCAUGUGUCAUGACUGUGCCAAACUCUUUGCUAAAGGAAACUUCUGCCCACUGUGUGACAAGUGUUAUGAUGACGAUGACUACGACAGCAAGAUGAUGGAGUGCGGCCGUUGCAAGCACUGGGUUCACGCUAAGUGUGAGAAUCUGACAGAUGAAAUGUACGAGCUGCUAUCAAAGCUGCCAGAGAGCGUUGCCUACACGUGUACCAAAUGUACCGAACACCAUCCUGCCGAGUGGAGGACAGCGCUGGAGAGGGAGCUUCAGGGCUGCGUUCGCCACGUCCUCACUGCACUUCUCAACUCACGCACAUCCUCACACCUGUUACGCUACAGACAGGCGGUGAAGCCUCCAGAGCUGAAUCCAGAGACAGAGGAGAGUCUUCCUUCCCGUCGUUCCCCGGAGGGACCAGAUCCUCCGGUCCUGACAGAAGUCACCCCUGCACCUCCCAGUGACUCCCCUCCAGACCUGGAAUCUGUUGAGAAAAAGAUGGAUCAAGGUCGCUAUAAUUCAGUGCUGGAGUUCAGUGAUGACAUUGUGCGAAUCAUUCAGACGGCCAUCAAUGGCGACGGUGGCCAGCCUGAGAGCAGGAAAGCCAACAGUAUGGUCAAGUCUUUUUUCAUUCGGCAAAUGGACCGAAUCUUCCCAUGGUUCAAGGUGAAAGAGUCCAGGUUCUGGGAAAGGCAAAACGUCUCUGCCAACAGCGGACUCCUCCCGAAUGCUGUGCUGCCUCCGUCCCUGGACCACAACUAUGCCCAGUGGCAGGAGAGACAGGAGCUUUCCCGUGCUGAGCACCCCCACCUCAUGAAAAAGAUCAUCCCAGCUCCCCGACCCAAGACCCCCGGUGAACCAGAUUCUCCAGCUUCCCCUCCUCCUCUCCCUCCAUCGCUACCCCCACCACCCCCACUCCUCCCUGAUCGUGAAGACAGCCCAGAGCUCCCUCCUCCGCCAGGUGUUAGUGAUAACAGGCAAUGUGUUCUGUGUCUGAAGUACGGAGACGAGAACACUAAUGAGGGAGGUAGGCUGUUGUACAUUGGUCAGAAUGAGUGGACCCAUGUGAACUGCGCCCUGUGGUCUGCCGAGGUGUUCGAGGACGACGACGGCUCUCUGAAGAAUGUUCACAUGGCUGUUCUCAGGGGAAAACAGCUGCGCUGUGAGAAGUGUCAGAAGCCAGGGGCCACAGUUGGCUGCUGCCUCACCUCUUGCACCAGUAACUACCACUUCAUGUGCGCCCGCCAGUGCCACUGUGUCUUCCUGGAGGACAAGAAAGUCUAUUGUCCAAAGCACAGGGACCUCAUCAAGGGAGAAGUGGUGUCUGGGUUCGAGGUGACCCGCAGGAUCCUGGUGGACCUGGAGGGCAUAAGUCUCAGGAGGAAGUGGCUGGCAGGACUGGAGCCUGAAAAUGUCCACAUGAUGAUAGGCUCCAUGACCAUUGAUUGUUUGGGGAUACUGACUGAACUCUCAGACUCCAAACGCAAACUCUUCCCAGUAGGAUACCAGUGUUCAAGGGUGUACUGGAGUACUUUAGAUGCUCGAAAGCGCUGUGUGUAUACCUGUAGGAUCCUAGUUUGUCACCCUCCAGUGGUGGAGUCUGACCUAAAAAACAUGAUGGCUCCUGAGGAGAAUCGCACGAUAGCACACAGCCCACCUUCCAUAACAGACUUUCCUGAUCCAUUUGAAUCCCCGAGGCGCUCUGACACCCUUUCCCCUGCCAACACCCCCAAGCUCAGGGUUUACACCAGGAACCGGCACCCCAGUUACCCCCCAUGUCAGCGCUCGCUAGGCCCCAGGCCAAUGCCCUCUCCAGGAGGUACCUCUCAGCCCCAAAGCCAUGAGAUUGUGACAGUAGGAGACUCUCUGGUGAACCCCAGCAUGCGGAAUAUUGACUCCCGUCGCCACAGCUCGCCUUCUCUCUCCCCUCCUCCCCACCAGCUGAACAGACAGAGAGGUGUGACUUCGCCACCUCAGAUUUUGUCACGACCCCUUACCUCACCCCCUCCUCUCAUCCCCUCUCCUGCAAGAGACCCAGAAAAAUCCAAACACCUCAGCAAAGACACAAAGAGUUCAGUCCAGAGAGAUGACGAACGAGGUAAACUGUUUUCCACAGACAGAAACAGACAGCAGCCAUCCAGAGACCAAGGGUUGAGAGAUGCAGACAAGGGGAGAGUGUCAGGUCAAGACCAAGCUUCUAAGGAUUCCGACAAGAAUAGAUCAUCCAGAGAACUUGGGCAAAAAGACUCUGACAAGGGCGAAAUACCAGCCAAAGAGCCAGAAAAGAGGAGACCACUGAGUAAAGACUCGGGUCUGAAAGAAUCUGAGAGGGGAAGACCUCUCAGUAGAGAUUCGUUAAGGGAUUCAGAAAAGAGUAGACAAGUAAACAGAGACUCUGAGAAAGGGAGACAGACGAGCAGAGAGUCGAGCAAUAGAGAAACGGAUAAGAGCAAAUCAUCCUCUAGGGAGCCCAGUUAUAAGGAUAGAUCGGUCAGUAGAGAUGCAGGGCAAAGGGACUCUGAGAAGCAUAGACAAUAUAGCAGGGAAACAGGAAAAGACUCAGGCCAAGGUAAAGACAGACUGUCUAGCAGAGACUCUGACAAGGGUAGACCCCCAUCUAGAGAUUCCAGUUAUAGAGGCACGGAGAAAAACAAAGACUCCGGCUCAGGGAAAGAUAGUAACCCUGGCAGUCAGUCCAAACAGGCUGGAGGUGACAGUAAGAGCCCCAGACUGGCACCUGCAUGCUCAGGCCAGUCCUCCCCUCCUGUGGGAACUGCUGUUCUCACAGGUCAGCAGAGAGGUGGCAGCACCAAGCAGACGGACAAGCAAGGGAAACAUGGAGGCAAAGAUCAGGAUGUUUCUGCAAGUCUCGGUUUGUUGUCUCGCCACAGGUCCAACCCCACCUCUAACAUCACCCAGUCUAAGGAAAAGGCCAGCUCAGGAAAGGAGAGUAGCAGUGGCACUGGAAAUUUAAUGCCAUCUUCACUCCACAAGGACUCUGUUGUUGGGAAAUCUGGCUCCCCACAGUCUUCAUUUCAGAAGUCCAAUGCACGGAAAUCAAAUGAUUACUCAUCAGGUCCAGCCACAGCAGCAGCCAUGAAGCCACUGUGGCCGUCAAGGACACCAGCAGAAGAUGAUGUUGUCAAGCGAGGCUCCAUGCACCUGGCCUCCCCAGCUGCAGCCUCAGCUGCCAAAGACAAGCACCCCAAAGUUAAGACGGCAGGCAGCAGAGAGGUGUCCAAAGACCGUGAAAGAGAAAAGAGUCUCCAAAACAGCAACAGCAGCAACAAAACUCCCCUUCUCAACAAUAAUACGAAAGCCACUGGCAGCUCCAACACGCAUGCUACGAACCCCAGCUCUCACAACAGCAGCAAUAGCAAAACUCCAGUGCUCGGAAACAGCACCAAAGCCCACGGGAAGGCUCAGGGGGAGAAGCUUGAGAACCAGGGAGGGGACAGGUCAUCCUCAAAAAGCAGAGAAAAUUACUCUGGUCCUGAAAGGAAGAACAGCUCCAGUCUGGACAACUUACAGCAGCUGCAGCAGGGUGGCUUAGCUUCAGAGAAAGGAGUGAAGACCUCUUCCCAGCCACACACCAAACAAGCAACAAACCAGCUUCCGUUGUCCUCCAGAGAGAAAAAGAGAUCCGUUAAACCCCCUACUGUAACUCCCCUAAAGACUGAUAUCAAAACUGACCCUAAUGGGACCAGCACUGUUGGUGGUAUUUCUUCUUCCUGCCCCACGACCACUACCUCCACCGUCUCUCCUGCCGGCCAGGGGACCCGUCACUCCGCCCGCUCCGCCCUCUUCUCCUCCCCCUCCGCCAGCAGCAGUGACAGCUCUGAAUCUGACACCCAGACUCAGACAGAGGAAGAUGAUUUGCGCAAGGAGCACUCACGCAGCGAGCUCCGAGACCACCACAGCCUCACUCAGGGCACAGAGGAUGAGGGAGAUGGCCCGGAAGAUGACCACGACAGAGGUAUGGAUGAUAAACAUCAUGAGGACGACAGUGACGGAUCCGGGUCAGCCAAGCGGCGUUACCCUCGACGCAGUGCCCGUGCGCGCUCCAACAUGUUUUUUGGCCUCACACCUUUCUAUGGGGUCCGCUCGUAUGGUGAAGAGGACCUUCCCUUCUACGGCAGCGGGGAUGGAGCCGGGGCCGUGGUUAAGAGGAGGACUGGUGGCCGUAAGAAGUCAGCUGAGGGGCAGGUGGAUGGAGCAGAUGAUAUGAGCACCUCCUCCUCGUCAGGGGACAGUGGAGAGGAUGAAGACAGCGGAAUGAAACAGAGGGUUAAAGACCCUUACUACUACAACUUCACCCGAACAAUAAUUAACCCUGGUGAGGGCCUACCGUCUAUAGAGGGGAUAGACCAGUGUCUGGGAAGGGGGUCCCAGCUUCAGCGCUUUCUGAAAGACGAGGAGCAGCAACAACAAAGGACUCAGGGAAAAGCUGAAGAGGACAUGCUGAGUGCUUUGACUUUAGGCAAGCAGCGUAUCGGCCAGCUCGAUGGCGUUGAUGAUGGCUCAGAGAGUGAUACCAGCAUCUGCACCACCAGCACCACAACCACUACAGCCACCUCCUCGUCCACCCCACAUAAGAGCACUCCUAAGAGAAGGGGCAGAGAAAGGCACACCGAGAAACCGGACUCCCAUGACUCGAGCAAGGAGGCUGACAACAGUGGCGGAGCAGUAAGCGGCAACACGCGAGAAGGCAGAAAGAACCAGAAAGAAAACUGUCUUCCUUUAGGAGGCGGGGUCAAGUCCCAGCCGCAGAGUCAGGGUCAAGAUCCUCUUGAGGCCCAACUGUCCCUCAGCACAGACCUGCUUAAAUCAGACUCUGACAACAACAACAGUGAUGACUGUGGCAACAUCUUGCCAUCAGACAUCAUGGAGUUCGUCCUCAACACACCUUCCAUGUCAAUGCAGGCUCUGGGUCAACAGUCAGAGCCGUCGUCCUCAGAGCUGCUCCUCGAUGAGGGCUAUGUGGAUGUCAACCGGCGUAAAGACAUUCUGUUUGACGACUUUUCCCAGCCGCUGCCCAGUGCUGAGAGUGGAGGUGUGGUGGAAAGUAGUGUGAAUAGCUCCAUAUCUGUGGAGGAGCCAUAUCUUCCUCUGGAGCUGCCCUCUGACCUCUCUGUCCUUACCACGCGCAGCCCCAGUGUCAGCACCAGUCAGAACCACACUGCUGGGAACCUUAUGUCAGAUACCUCAGACCGCACCAUGAUGGGCUUGACCUCUGACCCAGAGACAAUAAGUGGAGACAAGAGUGGGGACAAGAAAAGAGCGGGGCCAGGUGUGUCACCAUCAGAGAAUCAGCGGGAUGGUACAACCUUGGGAAACAGGGACACACAGGUCACAGAAGGUCACAUGACUCCUGAGCAGUUUAUUCCCAGCCCUGCCAUCGGCCAGGUGGUUGAACCUCCAGGUAAUCAAGAUGUUCCCAGGAGUUCUGGUACCCCUGGUUUGCCAAGUUCUCCCUCCCUGCCUCAGAAGUACCUCCCAGCAUCAGCUACAGCUGCAGGCAGCCCCAGUCCGGUUCAUGGACCAGGACCAUCCCAGGCUCAGGUUUCCAGCCCAGCAGUCAUCAAACCAGGACCUGACAAGCUCAUCGUGGUCAGUCAGCAGUUUCAGCCUCUCUAUGUUCUUCAGACUGUCCCUAAUGGUGUCACCCAAAAGAUUAGUGCCACAGGAGUGAUGGACAGCAGCUCUCAAACAGUGCUGAGCUCUAUGACACUUACCACAGGGUUAAAUACUGGUCUAUCCACGGCCCAGCAAAUAUUUCCUGCUGGUGGCAAAGUCCUGGGCACCAUGCCUCACCCUUCUCAGAUCCACACCUUUACAGGAGCCACACAGGCAGGCUUCCAGACGGGAAUCCCCAGCACCACCUCAGGGCUUCUCAUCGGGUUGCCCUCUCAGGCCCACGACCAGUCCCAGAUUCUGGUCUCAGAGGCCAGUCGGGCACACGAGCUGGGUCACAGUGUUGCCAUAGUGUCAAGUCCCUCUUCCCUCACUUCGUCCCCAACUAUACUCGCCUCUGCUCACGGCAAGAAGAGGCCUAUCUCUCGUCUUCAGCCAAGAAAAAGCAAAAAAUUGGCCCGCUCCCGCAGCCAGCCUACUCUGGCCCCGUCUGAAAUGGGCCCUCCCAACAUGACCGUCAUCAACCUGUCUUCUAGCAUCCCAGGCCAGCCUGGUAGCCUGGUUGAGUUAAACACACUGUCCACUUCACAGCGCAAGGUCCCAAAUAUUAUCAAGAGACCAAAAUCAGGUGGCGUUAUGUACUUGGAUCCUAAUACUCUCCUGCAGCAGAGGAUUCCUGGUACUGCCCAACCUGGUAUCCUGGGUCACGAUUCCUCUACCCACCUACUACCUUGCACAGUCUCUGGUCUCAACCCCAGUCAGUCAGUGUUAAAUGUUGUGUCUGUGCCCCCUAGUGGAGCUACAGGCCUUCUUGCACCAGGAUCAGUCUCCCUCUCCACCCCAGUCCUCAGCUCUACUGAUAUCACAGGGCCAAUUAGCAACCUCCUGUUUAAAGCAGGUCCACAUGGCUUGGGCCUGUCAGAUCAGGCAAUGGUCCUUCAGUCGGCAGGAGGAGCUCCUCUGAUGUCACAGCUCAGCUCCUCUGUGCAGACAUCUAUAGCGAGCAGCAUCUGCGUCCUGCCCUCCCAGCAGACCAUCAGCAUGGCUGUCAGCCAGCAAGGAGAGACAGACAGCAGUAAUGUCCACUUACACCAUCAGCAUCAGCCUGUCAACAGAGCCCAGACUGUGGACUCUAGUCCAAACACCACUGUUACUUUAGCUCACGGCCCAGCCACCCCUCUAAGCCCUGCCAAGGGGCGUGUUGUUGGAGUGUUCACUCAAACAUCUGCAUAUUCUCAGAGCAGUAGAACAACUCCCAUUUCCAGAUCAUCAGAACAGAGGCCGCAUAACUCCGCCACAGCAGUCGCAGUUUCAGGAGCAGAAAAAGGCAAACAGAAAACAAAGAGGAGCAGGCAGAGUACAGACUUAACCAGCGGGAAGAGGCUAAAGGCCUCUCAAGCCGAGGAGCAUGAAAGCAACCCAGCAGGACGACCUCACUCAAACCCAAGCAGUUCCAAAGAGCUGGGCUCCCCUGAACCCAUGGACACUGGCAAGCCAACAGACAAGGCAACCAACAAAAGUGUUCUUGGUAAAAAGAAGACAUCUGAAGGCUCUGUUUUACCGGGGAAAGUAAUAGGGAAAGACAAACCAUCUGCAGCUGGGGGCACAGGGUCUCUUCCUGUGGCUUCACCGCCUGACCAGGAUGGAAACAGCAGGGACACCGGCUUGGAUAGCAAACCCAAGAAGGGCAUCAUCUUUGAAAUCUGCAGUGAGGACGGCUUCCACAUUCGCUGUGAAAGUAUUGAAGAGGCUUGGAAAUCCCUGACUGAUAAGGUGCAAGAAGCUCGCUCCAAUGCACGACUCAAAGAGCUCUCUUUUGAAGGCGUGAAUGGAUUGAGGAUGCUGGGAGUCGUCCAUGAGGCAGUGGUCUUCCUGCUGGAGCAGCUUUACGGCUCCAGACACUGUCGGAGCUACCGUUUCCGCUUCCACAAACCAGAGGAAACCGAUGAGCCUCCUAUCAACCCCCACGGAUCAGCUCGGGCAGAGAUCAACCAAAGGAGGUCUGUAUUUGACAUGUUCAAUUUCUUGGCCUCAAAACACCGCCAACCUCCUGAGUACAGGCCUCAAGAAGAGGAGGAUGACGAAGGGCAGCUCAGGACUGCCAGGCGUGCCUCCAUGGAGCUACCACUGACUAUACGAUUCAAACAGCUCAAGGCCACCUCUAAGGAAACUGUUGGAGUCUACAGGUCUCCCAUUCACGGCCGAGGUCUGUUCUGCAAGAAAACCAUUGAUGCCGGGGAGAUGGUCAUUGAAUACUCUGGAAAUGUCAUUCGGUCUGUUCUCACUGACAAACGGGAGAAAUAUUAUGAUGGAAAGGGAAUUGGCUGUUACAUGUUUCGCAUCGAUGACUACGAGGUGGUAGAUGCCACGGUGCACGGCAACGCCGCCCGCUUCAUCAACCACUCCUGCGAGCCCAACUGCUACUCUCGGGUCAUCACUGUGGACGGCCAGAAGCACAUUGUCAUCUUUGCCUCUCGGCGCAUCUACUGUGGCGAGGAGCUCACCUACGACUACAAGUUUCCUAUUGAGGAUGCCAGCAACAAGCUGCCCUGCAACUGCGGUGCAAAGAAGUGUCGCAAGUUCCUGAACUGAUACCCGUAUUUAAACUAUUUAAAGAAGACUGCAAGUCUGUUGAGCUGCAGUGCCACGAUGUUCUGGGGACACCCGUGCCAGGGGGUUUGUCGUGGCGCUGGCUUUAUGCCAAUUUUCUGAGUCUGGUCCACGUAGGAUCACAGCUGCCGGCAGGGCUAGAGCCCUGUCUGUGUUUCUGCUGCUGGUGUUGGCAGAACACAGCAGAGACAGCAGUUGUGGGCCGUACUGUAUAUACAGGAAGGCCAUUUUGGAGGAGGGGCCAUUUGUAGAAAUUCCAACAUAUUGUGCCUCCUUUUGUCUCAUUUAUAUUUGGCAUGGGAAGUUUCACCUUCAGAGGUGAGUUAUGAAACGGUUUGAGCCUUCACAACAUUGCAAUAUUAACUUUUAAUUUACAUUUGGAUAUUAAAGUUACCCCCCUGCAUAAUUUUUUACGUUGGCCCAUCCUCCUUAAUUUUCUAUAAAAACGUUAUGGUCCGCUAAUGCUGAGAUGUGAACAUAGAAGAAAAAAAAAAAUCAAAGAACUUGGUUCCAUUUUACACCAAAGUGCAAUUUGUUGAAGGGACUUGGAAGAGUAAUUUUAUUAGAAAGAAAAAUUAGAACCUUGUUAGAAUUUCUUUUUUAUUUAAAUCUCAGUGUCAGCUGUUAUUGAUGCACAUCGCCCUGUCUGAAUGUGCCCCGAUGCCUUCAGAGUCGUGAUAUAGUGCAACCUUCCCCUAACUGGGCUUUUUUUCCCUAAAAGCUCGUGUAUAGCAUCCUGAUGAGAGCUGUACAGGUGGAAACACUAGGGGGAGCAGUGGCCAUAGAGAGGAAGAGAGAGAAAGGAGACGAGUGGGGGGUUGAAACGGAGGUUGGCCGUUCAUGUAAAGGGUGAUAUCUUUAAUCUGACAGUUUGGUAGCUAUAUAGACAUGUUAUUGAUGGGAUUAAGCCUGAGAGAUCGAGGCAGCUAGAGAUUCUGGUGGACUGACAGCCAAGGGACUGGAGAACCCUACUGAUGUGCUUUAGUAGACAUAUUUAUAAUUGAUUUUUUUUUGUGAGCUGUGAUCCAGAAACAGCCAUGGAUCUUUCAGAAACAUACAGACCGACUUGUCGCAAGUUUGUGCAUACUGUUGGUAUUAUCUUAUUGGUAAUUAUAUAAGCUCGAACUUUUAAAUCACGUUCCAAAUUACAGCAGCAAAGAGAACCAAACAUCACGCCCUUGAAUUGAAUUUUCACACAGCUUGUUUUCUUCUUGGCCUGUUGUGAUAACCAUUACUAUGAGAAAUGUUUUUUAUUUGUAUUAAGUCUUUUAAAGUCUUGUCUGUUAUCUGUCUUUUUAUUACGGACAGGGAAAUAUCAUGCUUGCUUUUAAAAACAAAUGUAAAUAAUGUAUAUUUUUCUACAAAAAAAAGACUUAAAAAGCACUCACUAGUGAAUAGCACUUAAUGAUGGUAUUUAUAUUUUUAAAAAAUCUUAUUUAUUUUAUUGCCAUUUUUGUAGGAAAUAGAGGUUUACAGACACUAAUGCUUGGUCUCUAUGUUUUGUAUUCCGCUGCCUUUUCAAAGUUGUUUUUUGUUGUAAUUUUUUUUGGUUUUUGUUUUUUUAAUUUGUAGCCUGAAUGUUUUCUUUGAUUCCAAAGACUGACACUGGUCUGUGGCUUGGUCCCCUUUUUUAGUUCAGUCCACCAGUAGCUCUUUUAUCUAUCCUGGGCCAUUUGGUCAGAGCUGACAGUUUUUUCAUUGUUCCAGUUUGAGCUGGCAGUGUGACAGUCAUGUGAACUAUUAUUAUGCACUUGAGAGAGUUUAGAUUGUUGAUCCAUAGCAGAUAUCUCCUCUCUCCCGCCUUAUUGUCUCCACACCACACCACACCAUACCACACCGAGAACCCAAGUCCACCUACCGGUCCUGUCACAAUGAUUCGUUUUUAUUACUUGUCACUAAUCAGUCAUGAGUCGACAGGCUUACGGCCAGUUGGCACAUAAAAUCCAACAAGAGUCCCAUCAGUUUAAACAGUUUUGUCCCUCUGCAGACUUUGUCUAUAACAAAGAGGUGCCUUUAUUUUAAUGCUCCCAACAGCAUUCGUCACACGUCCGUUGAGCAAAAUCUGUUAAUUUAAAACAACCACUCAUCGAUCCUUACCAUCAUUUGGAAAUCACUCAUUUUUCUUUCAUUCAGUCUCCUCGUGGUUUGCCUUAGUUAUAAAUGAGCAUGCCUCUUCUCUCUUACAAGCCUUCAUGUCCUGGACCGAAUAUUUAAUUAGACUGUUUAGACUGUGGUUCCACAGUGCAACUCAAGAAGUCAGUUACUUUCUUUGUUUUUGUCCCUUUUUUUUUUUUUUCAAUUAAUUUAUUGUUGUCCGCCGUUCGUGCUGACUUCGUUAUCACCUAAAGGCCGUUAGCAGCUACUCCCACACUGCUCCUUGUUGUCGUGAAGUGAAACGAAAACAUUACCCACACAUGGUUUGCACUUUAGCUGUGACACAGGCACUGAAUAGACAUAGGAAAACUCAGCUCUAUCUCCAGACAGACAAUGCAACUCCAAUGCUGAAACCAUAAGCACAUGCAGUCACUGAGAAUACUUUGAGUUUGUGCAUCAGGCCCUGACAUAUAAACUGCUCAACUUUGAUUGGUUUUGAUGACUCCUGAAAGUGGCGUUUGAGGCUCUAGCGAAGUGCACUUGACUCUUUUUUUUUCCGAAACAAAGUGAAGGCAGGGACCACGCCAGCAGCCCUUUCCUUCCUGAAGGUGCAGUGUGUACAAACCUCGGUUGUGCUUUUCCAUUUACGGCCCAAGAUCAAGUCUUGAGGUCCCCCCCACCCCGACCCCUGCCCCAACCAACCCUGACUGACAGGCCAGCCUUGUGGUUGUACAGCUGCACCUACAUUGGGCUCGCUGGGUUCUGCUGCUAAGGUCAACAAUGAAUGUAUAUUCCUCCUCUACAUCAUCAGACCCGCGAUGAUGUCGAUACUUUGUCAGCUACAUUAGUUUUCAGUCACUCUUGUCAACAACCCUGAUAGAUAUGGAAGACGUGUAGAUACGACCUCAAACUGGGCAGCAGCAGCAGCAGGUUCAGCACUGGGAAUAAUACUGAAGUGUGAACAGCAUUUCUGUCUGUAGGACAACUGGUUCUCACUGGGUUAGCUCAACACUUCACGCUAGCAUCGGUGAUAACACGUUUACUGAUGCCAAGGGCUCUGUCUACGACUUUCUCGAGAUCCACUUCUGAAUUUUCAGGGUCAGAGGGUUCAGUGAACAAUAACUCAUUUAUUUCACUGUUUUAACAGCAUAUAUACAAUAAGGAAAAUGGUCUCUGUUGUUUCUUUGGAUUUCAUUUUACCACGCCACACCAGUGGCCCUUCUUCGUCAUUAUCUGUAAUUAUAGUAUAAAUACAUAACAAUAUUAUACGGAAACAUGCAUAGUAAUUUCUUGUACUUUAGUAUCUAUACAAUAUAUGGAAUGGACAGACAAACUUAGUUACAGUAGCAAAACAGCAGAUUUAUAAUGGUUAAUAGCAAUGUUUCAAUGUACUCUAUAAUGGUUUUGUGUUACAGUACUAUCAGAUGAAACUAACGUGCAUCAUUCUUUUGUAUAUUGAUAUCCAGUACCAAUUUUGCUGUGCCUGUGAGUGUUCCUUCGUCAUCAAGGAGCAUUGCAGUUUAUCUUUUUAUUUUCUUUCUGGAAAGGAAACGGUUUUUAUGUGAUGAGAAAUGUAACUGUAUUAAUGUGGUUGUGAACUUCUUGAGGUCAGCCAUUUUGUUUUUCUCCCUGGUUGUUGUAGUGAAUGUUUUCUGUUUUUUCUUUGUACGUUUUUUAACAGGGAAUUUUUAGACAGCUUACUUGAUGUGGUAUAAAUUAAGAGUUUGGUUUGUGGAGACUGACCACGAGUUCUAAAGAUCCCACCAAAAUGGCAUUUUGUUUCAUUUUGGAAACCUCUGUGUCUCCCUGACCACCCCUCUCUCCUCUGAAGCUUUGGUUGUACUUAUCAUGUACUGUUUUUAUAGGAAGUCAUAAUGCUGAGAUAAUGCUGAUGUUGAAAACAUUUAAUUUAUUUAUUUUGUGCAACAUCCACCCUGAAUUGUUCUUUUACAAGUCAAGGUUUGGGAGAGGUCAGACGAGUACGUAACAUGUAUUUGUAAUUUUCUAAUUGUUUCUUGUGUAUAGAAGUUAUCAGCCUAUGAUGGGAUGUGGUGUCACAGAGGGAGAGGAUAGUGGGACGUGCAAAAAAAGAGGGAUCAUGGAUCAUGAACAGGCUAGAUUCUUAUGCCUUGACUAUACCUUUGUCUUAUCAAUAUUCCUCCUGCGCUCUGUAAUAACGGUAUCCAUGAGUUCAACAGUCAUAUUUUCUCCCGUUUUAACAGUGUUCUUUCAAUACACAUCAAUGAAAUGAAGGAAAACCACCACAGUGAAAAUGAACCACAAACUACUUGGUUGAAUGUAUAAUUAGGAAACAAAGUUGUACAUAAGUGUAAAAAGAAAAGUUUCUAAUCAUGUUUAUUUUCUAUGCACUUUUUUAUUUAAGUGAUAGUUUAAAUAAUAAACAUGUCUCCUUUA